UCUCUCUCUCUCUAUCUGUAAACGACUGGUUGGUGACUGCAACGCCAUGUCCGACGGCGGCUACGACGGCGGAGAGGGGGGCGACGGCUACUCCAGCCACUACGCGCCGCAGAGGUCCUACGCCCUCAGCGGCAGGAUCAUGCUCGCCGCCAUCAUCGUCCUCUUCUUCGUCGUCGUCAUCAUGAUCUCCCUCCACCUCUACGCCCGCUGGUUCCUCCUCCGCCGCCGCCAGCGCCGCCUCUUCCUCCGCCGCAACCGCCUCAACCGCCGCACCCACAUCGUCCUCUACUCCGACUUCGCCGCCCCCUCCUCCUCCGCCUCCCGCGGCCUCGACCCCUCCGUCCUCAAGUCCCUCCCCGUCUUCACCUUCUCCUCCGGCUCCGCCGCCGCCCCCGGGGCCAUCGGCGGCGGCGGCGAGGGGGCGCCGGCGGAGUGCGCCGUGUGCCUGUCGGAGUUCGAGGACGGCGAGGCGGCGCGGCUGCUCCCCAAGUGCAAGCACUUGUUCCACGUCGACUGCAUCGACAUGUGGUUCCACUCUCACUCCACCUGCCCCCUCUGCCGCUCUCCGGUCGAGCCGGUCGCCGAGGAAUUCGUCGCCGUCGCCGUCGCUGGGCUCGACCGGGCCGAGGCCGGCACGAGCUCGGGCCUGUGCUCCUCGUGCCAGCACGAGGAGUUGCCGGGGACGGCGGCGGCUUCCUCCUCGUCGGCGCAUGCCCCGCCCCUCUCCGGGCGGAGGAAGCCGCCGGAGCUGGCCGGAUUCUCCAUCGAGGUGCCACGGUGGGCCCGUCCAGAGGACGAGCCGAGGUGCGACACGCCGGCGAGCCGGCUCAGGUCGCCGGUGAGCCGGAUGCUGUCGUUCACGAGGAUCCUAAGCAGGGAGAGGUUUGGGGGGAUCCUCUCGCCGUCGGCGGCGGCGGGGACGAGCUCGGCGAGUUGCGGGCCUCCGGCGAGCGAGGCGGACGUGGAGCGAGGAUUGUCGACGGCGGGGAGAGGUGGCGAGGCUCAGUAAAAGCCCGGCGCCGUACGGUGCUGACGUGGCGAUAUUCUGCCGUAUGGGAAAGAAGGAAAAAAAAGAAAGAAAGGCAUUCGGCGUUCGGCGUUUAGCGUGUCAGAGAGUCAAAAAAGCUCGAAGGCGUAGGUUGGACUCCCCGUCGGUCGGACCAAGCCGCGGACACGUGGCAGUCUGGCGAGGGCUCGUGGGUUGCUCGCAUUCGCAGCCCUUUGUUGACCACCACCCUCGAAAGAAGUUUGACCUGUGCAUAGAGAAUCGGAUUUAUUCAGAAGUUUAUUUUGUUCAUUUAAUCUUCGCUUUUCUGUUUUUAUUUUUAGGCUUGGGAAUUAGUUCAUUUCAUUCGAGUGGGGGGUAAUUUAUUUUGUCAAAACAUUGUUGCAUCCUCCGCAAAUUGGCAAGUUAUAGAAAAAAAUAUAUACUUAUAUAUUUUAUCAAUCUCAUGAUGCGUUUGUUGAUGCAAAUUUUAAUUCCUAA